GCCCGGCAGGGAGGGCGCUGGGCCGUGGCGGAGGCUCUGCUCUCUUUGGCCCGGCGGAGGGCCUUGCAGCUGGACUCCUUCAGCCAGACAGGACUAAUGGACAGCCACUCCAGGCUGAAGCGCUGGGAGGCGGCCUUGCGCUGUUUCCACCGAAGGGAGUGCGGAAGGCGAAGCGUCUUCGAGUUCAACUGCGCCUUGCAAGCCUGCGCGCUGGGAGCCAAGCCGGGCUGGGCCGUCGCGAUGCUCCGGGACCUGCGCCAGUCCGGUCACGAACCAGAUGCGGUGACCUGGUCCACAGUACUCACGGCGAGCCGACGCCACUGGAAGCUGACAAUGGGGCUGCUGACACAGCUGAGACGUGAGGUGGCCUGGUGCAGGGACAGCACGAUGGCAAUAAUGGAGUCGCCUGCAAGCUUGCGCAGCUACCUGAGCGCCACGAACGCUGCACUCGGAUCCUGUGCCUUGCACCGUCGCUGGCAGCACUCCGUGGACUUGCUCGAGGCUUUGGCGCGCUUCGCUGCACAACCCAGUCCGAGAACUUACACGACCUGCUUCGCGGCCCUCGGUGCCGGCGAAACCCCGUGGCAGCUUACUGUCCGGCUGCUGUCGGUCGGUCACCACCAGUCCUCUCUGAGGGAUGCCUCUCUGCUCGCAGACGCCGCUGCCCGCUCGGCUGCACGCCGAUCAGAAUGGCAGGUUGCUCUGGUGUUGCUGGGGGCGCAUUGGCGGGGCCCUCUUGAGGAUGCGGCAUUGCUCGAUUGCAUCGCGGGAGCAUCGCCGCUGGAGGUGCAGCCGCGAAUCUUCGAG